AUGCUCAUGUUUGACACAAACAGCAAAAAUGACAAUGGUAAUACAUUACACAUACAUAGAACAGUAUGCUGCAACCGUGUGUGCAGUAUGCAGGACAUAUGCCAGACUUCCUCUCGGUGUACCUACAGGAAGCAUGUGCUAGUGUAAUGUCUGUACGCGCACAGACAUGCUGUCAAAACAGGGAGAGUGACUAAAAGCUUGGUCGCAACUGCUAUGGUGUGAACACUGUGUUACUUCUGAGGCAGGUUUAGGAUGAAGUGUUCCCUGCAAUCUUGUUUGAGGGCCAAUUUGCUCUUUUGCCUGGGACUACUUCUGCACUGUGGAGAAGCCCGAGUGCACACUGAAGCACAGGCUGGGCCACUGUAUCGCGUGGUGGGCUCUCCGCUCUCUAUCUCCUGCAAUGUGAGUGGCUUUGCCAGUGCUAUCUCUAGAAAAGAAUUUGAAUUCCGUAUUAAGAAGCCUGAAAAUCCAAAAUUUGAGAUUAACAUCAUCAGCACCAAUGACCAAGAGUUUGGCUAUGCCAUAUAUACACAACGUGUGAGGAGCGGGGGCAUUAAUUUGAAACAUGUGACUCCAAACUCAGUCUUCUUUGAGAUACAAAGACUAGAGAAAGUGGAUGAAGGGGAGUAUGACUGUAGUGUAAUCAACCAACAACUUGUUUAUGAUGGAACCUACAGCGCUAAGACAACAGUGAAAGUGAUUGACAACUCCCUCAGUGUUUCCUCUCCUGCCUCCACCUCACUGAGCUAUUAUGAGGGUGAUGCUCUCACUUUAACAUGCCAAGCCUCCAGCAACACCGUCCAGCACACCCAUCUGUCUCUUGCCUGGUUUCUCCAUAAAGACGGUGAGGACAACGCUCAGCCUAUCAUUUCUCUGGAUAGAGAUUUUACACUGAUCCCAGGCCCGGGGUUUGAAGAGCGUUACCAAGCUGGACUCAUAAGGUUAGAUAAAAUGGGAGAGGCCAUGUACAAGCUAAACAUGGCUCAGCUGGAGCUGUCGGACCAAGGCAGGAUCUACUGCCAGGCUCAGGAGUGGAUCCAAGAUCCUGACCACUCCUGGUACAAUAUCGCACAGAAGGAUGCAGAGGAAACUUUCGUAAACGUCAAAGCCAGAGAGGUGGUGCCAGACACAUCGUCUCUGGUGGUGAGAAUCUCUGCACAGUCGUCAACACUGCAGGAGGGACAGGAGUUGUCGCUGUUCUGUAGUGUAGACGCCCAGAACCUUCAACAAAGGUUCUUCUCCUUAGCCUGGCUCAGGGAAAGUGUUGAGUUGGCCCGCAUUGGCCCUACAGGCAUUCUGUCUGUGGGGCCCGAGUACAGUGGGCGAGUUAAAGAAGGAGAGCUCCGGGCAGCCCGGAUUGGGGACAGAGAUUACCAUCUCAUAUUGCAGCCUGUCAGAACCGAGGACCAAGGAGAGUUUUUCUGUAGAGCAUGGCAUCACGACAGAGGGCAGGAUGGUGGCUUUUUACAGGGAGCAUCCCAGGACUCCAAGUCCCAGCUGGUCAGCAUCUCAGCCACAGAAAGUGGCCUCUCAGUUGAAAUGCAAAACUCUGUGAGCAUUAACGAAGGUGAAGGGCUGAAGCUCACCUGUAAAGUGCGUGGGGUCAAUGGCCAGCUAUCUGUCACCUGGCAACGCAAAUCAACAUCCACAUCAAUGGCCAAGUUCAACAGUGUCAUCAGUCUAAGUCAGGAGGGUGUUCUAGAGAAAGCGGGGGAGUUCAUGAGUCGCAAAGUAAAGGCAACACGUCCAGCGACUGACACAUUUACUUUAGAGCUUGAUAAGGUCAGUCCUUCUGAUUCGGGUGUCUACCAGUGUGCUGUGUCUGAAUGGAAAAUCAAUAGCAAGACCAACAGCCAGUCAAAGACUGCUACUGUGACAGUGGCUCCAACAGAUUCGUUUGUGAAAGUGCAUCUGAUAAGUCGCAACAACGUAGUGACUGUGGGAGAAAAUGUGCAGUUGAUGUGCCGGAUCAAAGGGCCACGAAUGCCAGUAACACUGACUUGGAGCCUGCAGCGUGAUGCCUUAACCCUAGAUAACAUCCUUACACUGUACUCUGAUGGUGCCAUCAGCUGGUCCGGAGAACAGCACCGCUACCAGCUGAAAGUAGAAAACAAACAAAAUGAAGUCAUUUACUAUCUGCUCAUUAACGGUGCGAGCCAUAGGGAGGAAGGAAUCUACCAGUGUAGGGUGUCUGUCUUCUUCGAGAAUGUACACAAGAAGCUGCCUCCAUCCAACCCGUUGGCUGUUUUGGUGCAGAACCCAGAGAGCAAACUCCAUCUUUCCAUCACCCCUGCCUUGAUAGGAAAUAUUAACACUGAGAUAGAAAUGAAAUGCUCAGUUAUCUCAGAACCCUCUGCAUCCUCUCGCUAUGCCAUCACCUGGCUGCUCCAGCAACAGGCAGAAAAUAAGACCAUUGUGAGCUCGGACCAGGAUGCCCUAGUAACUUUUGGACCCCAGGUACCGCUGAGCCACAGACAGCGAAUCAGCAUGAGGCGCACUAAGGGGCCAAGUUUUGAGUUCCGUAUUCGUCAGGCUAUGAUCUCAGACAAUGGCUUAUACGUAUGUGAGGUGGUGGAGUGGCAGCAAGAUCCUCAUGGUGAAUGGUAUCACUUCUCACCAGUGUCCAAAACUACUGAGUUAACAGUUAUUGAGCCUGCCAAUGACCUGAGUUUAGACAAGAAAGAGCAGCAGUUGACUGUCAAGGAGGGAGAUGAGGUGGAGCUCAAGUGUAACAUCAUCUCAGGUGCAUCCAGUUCUUUUUUCUACAAUGUUACUUGGCUCUACAAUGGACAUGAUUCUUCCGCUACAAAUGCCCUGGUGCAGUUUGACCACACGGGCCUGCUAAGUUAUCCAGAGAACCAGGAGCUCAGUGGCCUGCAGGGGCGGCUUCGUCUUUUCAGACCCACUCAGGGCAGCUUCUACCUGGGUAUUCAGAGGGCGCAUGUUGGUGAUGGUGGGACCUACCAGUGCCAGGUGGAACAAUACCAGCUGGAUCAUGAAGGUCACUGGCAACAAAAGGCCUCAGACAGCGCUGGCCCAAUCGUGCUGACUGUUAAUGUUGCAGAAAAAAAACUUUCCAUUGUGAAGGAAAUAAAGGAGUUGAAUGUGAGCAGAUCCCAGGAUUUCACUAUCCCCUGUCAUAUCAGCAAACAAUCCAGCAGUGAAUCCAAGUUCCAGGUCACAUGGUUUUGGCAGAAAGAGACAGAGACUGAACAACACCCCAUAUUCACCACUUACCGCAACUCCACCCUACAAGACAGAUUUAGGAAGGGUGAUCAACUAAGAUUUGGCCACCCUUUGCCCAACCUGUUCAGCCUGACAGUCUUGAAACCAAGUCCUGUAGAUAGUGGCCUGUAUUUCUGUGAGGUAGAAGAGUGGCUUCCAUCUCUGUCUCAUGGAUGGAUGAAGGUUGCAGUGGAUACGUCAGGAUAUUUGACUGUUAAUGUCUAUGCAGAAGGAGAUGCUAAUGCCGUCUCUGAGACAGAAUGCAAGUCGGUUAUCUGGAUGGGGAUUCUGAUAGCUACUGCCAUCUGCUCACUAUUGGUCAUAUUACUACUGGUGCUGAAGAUAGGCAGGAGCAAAGUUACAAGAGGAAAGCAGUCAGGCCAAAGUCUCUGGACAGAGCAACUCCCUCUGAGCACCAAACCCAGUGCAGAGAACUAAAUUGGACCAGAAGUGGAGAAGAGAGUUUUAUUUUACAUAUAAUAAGCAGUUUUAUAAUUCAAAAAGUUCUAUUGUACAUAUUUUGUAUUCAUUUGUAUUCAAUUUCAAUCAUUCUUGUUUAAAUAAAUUUGUUAAUAAUAUUCCAUAAAAGUAGUUUAAAUGUUUUACUCUGUGCAACUGGGAAACAUUUUGCCUAUGAAUUAUUGAAAGUCAUUAAACCUUUAUUAUUAAAAAAAGACCUUUUCAUUCUACAGCUUAAAAUUCUUUGCAUAAUCGCCAGCUUCUUACUGCCUGCAAUGGAAAGUUGAGCUUGUCAGGAGAUCAACUUUGUGGCUUUACACCUACAAAGCAACAUGCUCUGAAAGUUAUUUUGUAGCACCAUACCAGGCAGCUUGAUACUAUGUCUUUUAAUGUGAAGAAGUCAAAGCACUAAGUCUAGUCUAAAGGGAGCAGCUAUGCAUGACAUGUGGUAAGACUGGAAACUUUUCUCUGUAAGUUACACUGCAAUGAAUCAACCAGGAAGUGCUCUGUGGUUCUUCAAGCAUGACUGUGUGGUCAUCAAAUCUGCUGAGACAUGAAUGUGAUGAGCAUUUGGGCAGACAUAGUUAGACAGGCAGAUUUCAUACAAUGGAAGUAGAAAUCUGCCAAUACAAUAAUUUAGUUUACUUGUUCCUGGAUGCACAAUUUUACUUACAGAUGAGAUGUGUGUGCUACGCGUACGUUUGUAUGUGUGUGUUUGUGUAUGGGUGUGCUUUGAGAAGUCUGCACUAGCUAAAUGUGUGACUGUAUGACAUAACUGUGAAAUGUUUUAAUUGUUUUGGUUGUACUCAAGCACAUUGGAUUUGAAAUUAAACAUUUACUAUGAGAUGUCUGACAUU